UCCGGUUUCACAAAUGUAGAUGUGUAAUCUUUUUUUUUUUUUUUUUCUUUUUUUUUUUAAACAUGUCUUACCCAGUGUCAAUACAACGGAUAUUGAAAUAACUUCCUUCCACUGAAGUACAUCGUAACUACUUUUACUCUCAUGCAUUUUAUUUCUUUAGCGUGCAUUUCUUGAAUGUCAAAUGCAGAUUCGCUUAUGUAAAUGUAAUGUAAUGAUGGUACGCUAUUCAGGAGAAAUCUUUUGUUAAAGGAAGUGAACAUGAAAAAGUGACAAUGGGUUUUAAUUUGUCAUUUUGAUGUAUAAAAUCAAUUCUGAAAAUCAUUAAGAUGUAGCUUUCUUCAGUAGGGAGAUAUUUAAUAAAGAUUGACUAAUCUUUUGAAUCCUUGGGAGCUGCCACAUUGAAAAAAAAUAUUACCUCCCUGCUGGAUUAUCUCUUAGCAUCCACUAGAGGGCAGCACUGAUGCUGACAUCAGUAGGACAUAUUGUGUAUUUGGCACAUUGUAAUCAUCAACAUUAAAAUGUCAUCCGCAGAUAGUGAAUUAAGUUUGAACCUGAUGUUACAGUGGGAGAAAUUGUUUCUCAGAAUUAUACUUCUUCACCAGCAGUUGAUUUUAAUGAGGGGAAUUUUCCUUGAUCGGUGUGCUUGUGGAAAUUGCAGCUAUGUACAUUCAAGGGGUGUCUUUGUUGUCAUGAGUUUGAACAUUUUGUGUCAGAUUACAUGGAUAUACACAUAAAGUGUGGUUCUCUACACCCAUAUUUUGACAUGGUGUGUCUAAGUCCUGUUAUAAUUGAUACAGCUUACAUUUAGCCAUGGAUUUAUGUAUCCAGAGAGGAAGGGUCUGAGAGGACUGGGAAAACAACUUGUUAAACAAGUGAAGAUAACGAACAGUGAUCAAUCUCAUAACUCCUACAAGCAAUACAAAAUAGAUAGUUGGGCAAACACGGAACCCUGGACACACCAGAGGUGGGAUCAGGUGCCUAGGAGGAGUAAGCAUCCCCUGUUGACCGGUCACACCCGCCGUGAGCCCCAUAUCCUGAUCAGCGGUAACAUAUAUCCAACCCUUGGCAGCAGCUGUGAGUAAUGGUGUAUGUUGUAGACAGGGCGUGCACAUACAUUACACACACGUCGGCUGAACGUUUGGCAGGAUGUCAGCAGAUGGUGAACUUGAAUGCUACAGCUACCAUUUCUAAUAUUGUUUUGUAUGUUCCUUGAAAAUCAGUUAUCUUCCUAUUUUUGAUAUUUUGGCUCUGGUACCAUAUAUCUGGACAAAAACAACCCGAAGUUAGCACGCGGACGGAGCUGUAUCAAAGCAUCCUAAUUUUUGGACAUUUGAACCACCUCUAUAUUGAACGCGGGAAAUAUAACGCAAUUGAUGUAAACAGUACAUUGUGACGUCAUAUUCAGCGUCGUUAUUUAGCAAAUUUACAAACAAAGCGUUUGAACCACAACAAAAAACAUGGCGUUAAUCGUGGAGUGAUUAUAUAUGAUUAAGAAAAUAAGAUUUACAUGCUUUUACGGAUUUUAUGUGCAACAUCUCAGAACGACGUGAACUAAGGUAGACGAGAUUCAAAAUGGAGGAAUACAUGUCCACGCGCUAAUAUUCGAAUCGACGCCAUUGGUACCAAACUUUUCAAGUUCCAUAGGACAAAAACAACCCGAAGUUAGCACGCGGACGGAGCUGUACCAAAGCAUCCUAAUUUUGGACAUUUGAUCCGCCUAUAUAUUGAACGCGGGAAAUAUAACGCAAUUGAUGUAAACAGUACAUUGUGACGUCAUAUUCAGUGUCGUUAUUUAGCAAAUUUACAAACAUAGCGUUUGAACCACAACAAAAAACAUGGCGUUAAUUUUGGAGUGAUUAUAUAUAUGAUUAAGAAAAUAAGAUUUACAUGCUUUUACGGAUUUUAUGUGUAACAUCUCAGAACGACAUUAACUAGGGUAGACGAGAUUCAAAAUGGAGGAAUACAUGUCCACGCGCUAAUAUUCGAAUCGACGCCAUUGGUACCAAGCUUUUCAAGUUCCAUAGAAAGCUCUAUGGCGCAAAUGGCGUUACCAUCUUUGAAAGAAAACGUGCAAGAAAGGCGAAUCAUCUUAAUUGGAAAACUUGGUGCAGGUAAAAGCCACAGCGGAAAUGGAAUAUUAGGAACCAAACAAUUUGUCAGCAAGCGAAGUUGGUCUUCUAUCACGAGGAGAUGUGAAUAUGGUUCAGCUAUUAGGGACGGGUUUCGGUAUCGUAUCUAUGACACGCCAGGAGUAAAUUCACCACAGGAAAUGCAGAAAAAAAUAGAUGUAGAAACCGAUAUCAAGCGCUGUUUGUAUUGCACGUCUCCGGGAUUUCACGCCAUUGUCUUGGUGUUGUCGGCAUCAGAGAGAAUCGCAAAAGAAGAUUUGCAAAUGCUUCAAAAUCUAGAUGUAUUACUAGAGGAAAGCGCGUUUGAAUACAUGAUUCUUGUGAUCACCAAGUUAGAAAACGACGAAAACGAACUAAAUGAAUUGUUGGCAGAAGCCCCGGAAGUCGUCAAAUUGAACGUAAAGUGUGGAGGUAGGCACGUCAUUUUUGGGGAUGAUAAAAAGGAAAUACCUAAAGAAUGUGUGCAGAAAUUUGAUAAUAUGCUAACGAAGCUCAUCAAGGAAAACUCGAAGCGAGGAAAAGAAUAUUACAGACAUAAGUUCUAUGACCAAGCAACCAAAAUUCUGGAGAAAGAUAAAAAUGAUUACAUGAAAAAAAAUCCAGGUAUAUCUGAGAGCGACGCUUUCGAAACAGUUAGAAAUAACGCGGCAGAAGGCAGGUCUCCACGAGAUGAUGAACUGAAGGGCCUCAAAGACCCCAGAUGUGCAGGAUGUUCCAUUUCCUGAAAAUUUAACACUGUGUUCCAAUUUUUAAGAUUUCUAUAAUAAUUUUACCAUUGUGUGUAUUACAUAUGUAUGUUGUGGUGAGAAACUGGAGAAGCAUUAAAGUGCAUCUUUAUAAAGCAUUGUUUCAUUUUA